AUGAAUUAACAGGAGUAGAAUAAGAAGCCUAUUGCUUAUAAUUUUGCUUAAUAAUAGAUUAUAGAACAGUUUAAUAAAAAAAUACAAAGCAUAUAAGAUGACAUGAUAAAACAUGACCAAAAUAUUAAAGAUGAAAUUUAUGCUUUAGAAAAUUUUAUGAGCAUGAAUUUAUUGCUAGAUUUAGAUGUAUUUUAAAAUGAAAGAAAUAAGCAAUUAAAGAUUUAAAGUAAGGAGUUGGAUUACAAGAAAAUAAUCUAGGAGGAAAUUAAACAAUAUCUAGAAUUUGAUUGUUAAGUUCAAUUUACGAGAUAUAUGGAACAGUAUAAUUAAUAGCAAUAAAAUAAAAAUAAAAAUGAAAUGCAAAUAAAUAAUUAUGAAUAAGAAAUAAAUUUAUUGAAAGAGAAUAUCAAUUGUAAUAAAAAUAAAAUGGAAGAUCUGGAAAAAAAAAUCGAAUAAACAUAUUACCUGCAUUAUAAAUAUCAAGAUUUGGAGAAAGAAAUUAAUAAAUUAUAACCCUUAGAAACAAAAUUAGAAUAGAAAAUUUAGAUGCUAUUUUCAGAAAUAAAUCCAGAAUCAAAAGAAAAAAUAAAACAUAUCACACAAAAUCAAUAUGAACUAUCUGAGAGAUUCUAAAAAUUAGAAAGAAAAUAUGAUGAAAAAAAUUAGUAAACAAAUAAAUUGAUAUUGGAAUAAUAAUAAAGAAUUGAUGUUUUAUAACAAAAAUUAUAAUAUUCCUAUGAUCAACUCAGUAUUGAAUCUACAAAAAAUUUUUAAAGUGAUAUAAUUGGGGAAUUUAAAUAAUUAGAAAAGUAGAAUGAGGAAAAAUUUAAGUAAUUGGAAUAGUUGUUAAAUGAAUAAGUCUAAAAAUAAUUAAAUUACAAUUAUUUAUAAACUCAAGCCUGUAAUAUAGCUGAAUAAAAAGUAAACGAAAUAAAUAUUAAAUUGUAAUAAUUAGAAAAAGAUAUAAUUUUACUUACAAGUAAUAAAAUUAAAUCCUAUUUAUAGAAUAACAGAAAGUCAAUACUGAUAAUCUACCUCAGAUGGUUGGAUAAAAAAGUUAAAAUGGAAUUUCGCAAAAUUCAUAAAAUUAGUUUUAGAAAUUUCAUGCAACUAUGUAAGUUGGGAGUAUGGAAUAACCUAAAUUUUAAAUCGAGAAAAGCCCAAAUAAAUUUUAAUCCGAUUAAAACCAAAAUAAAUUUUAAUUCGAAUAAAAUCAGAAUAACUUAUAAAGAUAUAAUUUCACAUUUAAUCCCUUCUAAUAAUUCCCAUAACAAUAGUAAAAUCCUAUUUAACAAAAGUAAUUUCCUUAUCAAACUGGCUAAUAGACUAUUUAACCUGGAUAAUUUGAUUAAAGAAAAUAGUCAAUGAUGGUAUUUCAAAGAAGUACCAAUGAUAAUAUUAAAUAUUAGAGUUAGUUAAAAAUACCCUCAUUUUAAAGCUCAGAAGCUAACUUAUCAAUAAUUUAAAACGAUUUUAAUAGAUUUCUAAAAAUUAAAUAAAUAAUUAAUAAAAUAUAUGAUGAAACAACUAGAAAGAGAUCAGCUUCAGGAAAUUAUUAAUGUUUUAUUAGAGAGGUGGAGGAUUUCUAAUAAUUUUUAAAACACUAUGGAAUAAAAACUCUGAAAGAAAAAUAAACUUUAAAGGAAAUAUGUAAUGCUUUCAGACAAGCUAGAGGGGAUGGAAAUUGUUUUUACACUGCUUUUGGAUUCUAAGUAAUAUAAAUUUUAAUAAGUGAAUUUUCUAAUUAGGAUUAUAAGUUAUUAAUUGAUAAAUUAGGUGGAAAGUUUAAAUGUUAAAUCUAAUUACAGAAUGAAAAGUUUAGUGGUGAUGAAUUCCAUAAUUCUGUUUAUUAUGAAUUUUUAUAUAGAUUAUAAGAAUUUAGAAAAAUAUAGAAUAUAGAAGAAAGAAUUAAUUCAUUUACUUAACACUUUUAAGCUUAUGAUGCUAUUCCAGGCUAACCAAUUGAUGGAUGUCUAUAUGGAUUAUCAACAAUAUUCUUUAGAAAUCUAGCUUAUUAUGUAGUUGAAAAUAGCGAAGAAAAAGACAUGAUUGAUGACUAAUAAGCAUUGUUAAAGUGGGAAGCUGAAUGCAACUCAAAUGAAAUUGUUAUUAAAUUACUAGCAGACUAUUUAAAUAUGUAAUUUAAAUUAUUUAAUAUCUUUUAGAAAUAUUAAACUUUUGUUUUUUGAUAAGGGAGAAUUCUAAAAGAGAGAAUAUAAUUAAAAUUCUAGAUCGUCAAUUUUAUUAUUGAUUUAACCAGGCCAUUACAAUAUUGGUUUAAAAAUUCCUUGAAAAAGGUAUUUAUUACGAU